UUUUGAACUUUUUGUGCCGGAGGGGGCGUGGCCAAUCAGCUGAUCGGAGGUGAAAGGUCACCAUCACCUGGAGGUCAACGUUCACUGGGUCAAAUAUAGUUCACGAAGCAGGUUGAAAGUCCGAUCACAUGGACCAGGUGAGGCGUUAAGGAAUAAAUAGUCUGUUGUCCUGUCACGUGUAGCUGCAUGUGGCGACUUGAAGAUAGUGUAAAGUAGCUAGGAUGAGGUAUUCAGACAACUCGAGGAUGGCAUUGACUGACAUGUACUGGCUGUCCUGCUGAAGUCAAACCACCAUGUCCUUCCGCACUGCCCAGCGGCACGGCUAUGCAGUGGAGUUCUCCCCCUACUACCCCCAGCUGCUGGCCUGCGCCACCUGCCAGCACUAUGGUAUAGCAGGUAGUGGUUCCCUGUUCCUGUUGGAGUCCCUCCCGCAGGGCGUCCGGCCGGUGCAGAAGUUUGACUGGAACGACGGACUGUUUGACGUCACAUGGAGCGAGAACAACGAACAUGUGCUGGUGACAGCCUCCGGAGACGGGUCCAUACAGGUCUGGGACACGGCGCGGCCCCAGGGACCAAUCAAAUCGCUCCGUGAGCACACCAAGGAGGUUUACGCGGUGGACUGGAGCCAGACCCGCGGGGAACAGUUUGUCCUCAGCGCGUCCUGGGACCAGUCGGUGAAGCUCUGGGACCCCGCCGGGGACAAGUCCAUCGCCACGUUUCUCGGGCAUCAACACGUUGUGUACAGCGCGAUCUGGUCGCCGCACAUCCCAUGCUGCUUUGCCUCGACGUCCGGCGACCACACGCUCCGCGUCUGGGACACCAGAAACCCGCAGAUCUCGAAACUCGUCCUGACCGCACACGACGCGGAGGUGCUGAGCUGUGAUUGGUGCAAAUACGACGACAAUCUCAUAGUAAGCGGAAGUGUGGAUGGUACAAUGAGAGGCUGGGACAUUCGGAGGCCGCAAAGCCCAGUUUUUCAACUCGACGGCCACACGUAUGCAGUGAAGAGAGUCAAAUGUUACCCGUUUGAAAGAAACAUUGUCGGUUCAAGUUCCUACGAUUUUUCAGUGAAGAUUUGGGACUUCAGCCGACCCCAGCCCUGUCUAGAGACAAUAGAGCACCACUCAGAGUUUGUGUAUGGUUUUGACUUUAACCUACAUGUGCCAGGACAGGUAGCAGACUGUUCAUGGGAUGAGUGGGUCAGGGUGUACACACCCAAGUGUCUAGUUCCCACAUGACAGUACAUUAUUGGACCAGUGGGUUAGGAACACACUAAAGUGUCUAGUUCCCAUGUAAUAAGAAUGAUUGCAAUAGCCAAAGUAAGUUACUCAAGCGACUUGACACUAGCAUGGGUAGAUUGUGAAAACAGUUGCUGACCAAAGGUAGUGGGGAUGCUACCUGAAAUGUCGGUUUUUUUAAAUCUGUCCAGUUUCUUGAGUAACUGUAUCUUUGGUAUCCUAUUACCUCGAUCUCUAACCUUCAUAAACGAAUGAUUGUAAUUGUUGCAUGUUG